AUGCUCGAUAGAAUAUGCGACGUCCAGCUCAUCACCCCCGGUCUGGACCCGGACGAGACGCGCGUGAGAGCGAUCGAGCUCGCCCACGCGUUGGAUGCGAUCACGCUCAAAGUGAACGCAUCGAUUGAAUCCCGCGUCGACGCGCACGUCGCGCGCGUGGAUCGCCUGCGGCGUCGCACGCAGACGCUCGAACGUCGCGUCGAAGCGGUGCGCGCGUCGCGACGGGCGCAAGCGGUGACGCACAGUGGGAAGUACCCGGAGGACGCGGAGGCGCGCGCGGUCGGUUGCAUGGCGAAUGCGCGGGCGACGACGCGUCUGACGGCGCAUUUGGAGUUAUUAAAGGAUGACGUGGAGGCGAUCGAGCGGAAGAGCGAGCGUGAGAUGAUGCUGAUCGAACGGCAGGUGGUGCACAGGGAGCGCGUGGGAAAGGCGCACUGGGAGCGGGAGCGGAAGCUCGCGCUCGCGAGCGGGACGUACGCGAGCGGACGAGACGGAUUAGGAACGCUGCCGGAGUGUUUAGAGAGCCUGAAUGAGGCGUUGAUGUUUAACUCGAGCGUGAAUCCGUACGUGGAGUACGAUUUGAUGGAUAAUCUCGUGCACGGGGAUGAGGGUGAGGGAGAGGAUGCGGGCGCGAGCGGCGACGUGGAGAAGGCGACUGAUGAGUACGAGGACGAUUGGAAAAAUUUAGCCGAGGCACCGAAAUCUAUGACGGACGGGCUGUACGAUUCCGUGAGCGCGACGCAGUUUGGAUUCAGACCAACGAUGAGCGCCAUGCCGGAGGUAAACUUCCCGACGAACCUGAGCGCACUGCGGAACGUGGCGGAUAUAAGUUGGUCGGGGGUGACGAAAAAUGUGGAAUCCAUCGCGCCGUCGUCGACGGCGACGCCGCUUCCAGACGUCAUCAUCACGCAGCCCACCGGGCGCCCGAGCGCGUCUGCGCUUCCUCCUCCUCCUCCUCCUCCUCCUCCUCCACCGCCACUGCCACUGUCGUCACCGCCGCCACCACCGCCCCCGCCGCCCGGGGACGCGCCUUCCGCGGGUCCUCCCCAGCAACUCCCGACUGGCGCAAACGUCAACGACUCGGGAAGGAGCGCUCUCAUGGCGGCUAUUCGAAACCCGAACAACAAGUCCCGGCUCCGCAAGAGAAAUACUGGCGCGAUUGAUGCGGGCGAAGUCGCGGCGUCGGCGCCGACUCAACCGGCCAGCAAUCGCGAGGAUGACUUGCGAGGCGCCCUCAUGGAUGCCAUUCGCUCGAAACCGAUGUUGAAACCAUCGAGCACCCGUGAAGCCCCGUCACGCGCGAGCGAGCCCACGAACGCCCAGGCUGCGCCACCGCGACAGAUGUCGAUGAUGGAAGAGUUGGCGAACAGCAUAGGGCGCCGAAGAGCGGCGAUUGUGGCUUCGGGCGACCACGACAUUCGGGAGAAAAUUACCACUCCAACGAAACGCGCCGAUAAUGUGCUCGGCUUUGACGCCUUUAGCAAGUCGAAGGGUCAGACCGACCAAGGGAGUGAGGACGGUGAAAGCGAUUGGGACGACUAG